UACUCCGCAUCUCAUUUGCGGUGGGGCCAAUUUCUCCAUUUACAAACUCCGCUCAAAGAGGAGGAGGAGAGAAAGAGAGAGAGAAAAAUUACAAGAAUUCGCCUUUCUUGUUUGCACCUUCGCCACAUUUUUUUUGCGCCAGCUCCUACACGUUGUGGUCACUCGGGUUUCGUGCAGAAAGUUGUGUUCUUCUGGUUUGAAGGAGGCGUCAGGGUCUGAGCGGACAGAUUCUUUUGGGGAAGAGGAAGGAAGCGCUGCGGUCUUUGUUCAUUCAUUUCAUCGGUUCCUUUGUUGGACCCAAAAAGCAUGGGAGCACAAAUCUCCAAAACCGCCGGGAAGGAGGAAGCUGCGGUGGAAAAGGCCGCAGAAGGCGCGGCUGUGGCUGCCAAGACAAACGGACAGGAGAAUGGCCAUGCCAAGACCAAUGGAGACGCGUCUCCAACGGCAGAGGAGGCAAACAAAGCUGACGUCCAGGCCAAUGGCAGCACUCCUACCGAGGAGGCACCCAAAGAAGAAGAAGAAGGUGAGAAAGUAGAGGGUGCUGAAGCCAAUGGAGAGAAGGAGACAAACGGCGAGGCUUCUGCCAAGCCAGAGGAGGGCACUCCAUCCACCAGUGAGGAUGGCAAGCAGAAGAAAAAGCGUUUCUCCUUCAAGAAGCCCUCCUUCAAGCUCAGUGGCUUCUCCUUCAAGAAGACCAAGAAGGAUUCUGAGGAGGCGGCGGAGGAAGGAGCUGCUGCUGAGGCUGCACCGGCCGAAGGAGAGAAGGCAGCAUCAGAGGAGGCAGCUGCUGCUGAGGAGACCAAGCCAGCAGAGGCUGCAGAGGAAGGAGACAAGGAGGCCCCCGCAGCUGAAGAACCAAAAGCUGAGGAAGAGGUGAAGGCCGACGGUGCUGCAGCUGCUGCAGAAGGUGGAGAGGAGAAACCAGCUGAAGCUUCACCCGCUGAGGCAGAAACAGCAGCUAGCCCAGAAGUGGCAGGCGCCGCCCGGGAAACCCGCUGAACGUGACGCGAGAAUGAAGGAGAAAAUGAAGCCUGUCUGAAGGAAUGCGAGGACUUGUCUAAAACCAGGGAUUUUUUUUUUGUUUCUUUGGUGGUGUUCUGUUUACUUUUCUGAAACUAUCCCAUCCAUAAUGACUGCAAUGUCCAUGGCAGUGAUGGGAAGGAGGUGUACUGGCCAGUGUGCUGCUUCUUCACUGCUCAUUGGUGCUUUGCAUUUGUGAUGUGGGUGAGUGUGAAAGUAUGAGUGUGGGUGCGAAUGUUUUUUUCUUUUGUUUUCUACAUGAAACCCAUGACUGUGUUGACACAUUGCUGAAUUUGACAUAUUUAAUCUUAAGUAUUUGGUGCUGGGCAAUUGGAUGUAGCAGCUAAAGCUGUCUCUGCAAUUUUUGACACGUUGUGAUCUUUACAAGGGUACAAAAGACCCUGAACCAAGUCUUAGGUGUUGUCUUUGCAGUGCACAGUUGUUUACAAUUCUUUGACGCUCAAUGCUCCUGUGGACAUGACCAUUCCUGACUGAACUAGAUUUAGUUAUGUGUCCAAACUAUUAGAUGCUCAUCACUUUUCCAGUAGAUUCCACCAUUUCAAAACUCUGUUAGUAAUGCACGUUGUAUAGACUUUGAUAUUACUGGUUUUAUGACUGAGAUGUACCUAAAAAAAUGACUGAAGUUUUUAACAGAUUACCCAUUGUAAAUGAAGUUUUUUCUUGUUUUUCACCAUUUGUAAGAUUGAAUAAAAUUGGGAGAUGUUUUAAGCGGAUUUUUUGCAUCAAGCUGUGAUGACUACAACACCACUUUUGCUCUAAAGCACAAGAAAAAAUAUAGGCAGGUCUGGGGUGGAGGGGGGCGGGGGCAGUCUUGGAACAGCAUCUUUCUUUGUACAUACCUGGGGGCUUCACCGUAUUCAACAUGAAAUGUGACAUUUGCCUACUUAAGUGUUCAGUUUGUUUUCUGUGAGCACUGAUAAAUGAAUAAAGGAAUGACGUGUGAA